UUUGCUGGCGGCAACGGGACACAGACGUUGGACACAGUUUUGAACCAACUGAGCUUUUUUUCUGUUUAGUAAACGAUUCACAAUGAGGGAGAUUGUUCACCUGCAAGCUGGUCAGUGUGGGAACCAAAUUGGUGCCAAAUUUUGGGAGGUGAUUAGUGAUGAACAUGGAAUCGACCCCACCGGCGCCUACCACGGUGACAGCGACCUGCAGUUGGAACGAAUUAACGUGUACUACAACGAAGCUUCUGGUGGAAAAUACGUCCCCAGGGCUGUGCUCGUGGACCUGGAGCCUGGAACAAUGGACUCCGUAAGAUCCGGUCCUUUUGGGCAAGUGUUCAGACCAGACAACUUUGUCUUUGGUCAGAGUGGGGCUGGAAACAAUUGGGCCAAGGGCCAUUACACAGAAGGUGCUGAGCUGGUGGACUCGGUGCUGGAUGUGGUGCGCAAGGAGGCUGAAAGCUGUGACUGCCUCCAGGGUUUCCAGCUCACUCACUCCCUGGGUGGAGGCACUGGGUCCGGCAUGGGAACCCUCCUUAUCAGCAAGAUCCGUGAAGAGUAUCCUGACCGCAUCAUGAACACCUUCAGCGUGGUGCCGUCCCCUAAAGUCUCAGACACUGUAGUUGAGCCCUACAAUGCCACUCUGUCUGUCCACCAGCUGGUGGAGAACACAGACGAGACGUACUGCAUUGACAACGAGGCUCUGUAUGACAUUUGUUUCCGUACACUUAAGCUCACCACGCCCACUUAUGGAGAUCUCAACCAUCUGGUCUCCGCCACCAUGAGCGGUGUGACCACUUGUCUGCGUUUCCCCGGCCAGCUCAAUGCUGAUCUACGAAAACUGGCUGUCAACAUGGUGCCCUUCCCACGACUGCACUUUUUCAUGCCAGGCUUUGCACCCCUAACCAGCAGGGGGAGCCAGCAGUACCGUGCCCUCACCGUCCCAGAGCUCACUCAGCAGAUGUUUGAUGCCAAGAACAUGAUGGCUGCCUGCGACCCACGACAUGGCCGCUACCUCACUGUUGCUGCCGUUUUCCGUGGCCGCAUGUCCAUGAAGGAGGUGGAUGAGCAGAUGCUCAAUGUUCAGAACAAGAACAGCAGCUACUUUGUGGAGUGGAUCCCCAACAAUGUCAAAACUGCUGUCUGCGACAUCCCACCUCGUGGCCUUAAAAUGGCCGCCACCUUUAUUGGCAACAGCACAGCCAUCCAGGAGCUGUUCAAGCGUAUCUCUGAGCAGUUCACUGCCAUGUUCAGGCGAAAGGCUUUCCUGCACUGGUACACUGGGGAGGGCAUGGAUGAGAUGGAGUUCACAGAGGCAGAGAGCAACAUGAAUGACCUAGUGUCUGAGUACCAGCAGUACCAGGAUGCCACAGCAGAGGAAGAGGGUGAGUUUGAGGAAGAAGGAGAAGAGGAGCUGGCAUAGAUUGGUCCUCCCACCUCAAAAUUUUCAUGUUCAUUUUUCCUUUUUUCUGUUCCAUUUAUUGUUAGCAUUCAAAAGCUAUCGACUGUUAAUUCUUUGGAUUUCUACACUUUCUAUUAAAGAACCUGCAUUGAUAGCA